AUGGAGGAGAUUCCGAUUACUGGCCUUGAAGAACUCGAAAAGCACCUCGAUAUUCUCCUUGAAGCUCCGGAUACACCUCUGGACGCGAAGCUCUUUGAUGAAGUCGAGUUGCAGUUGAAUGAUCCCAACAUACCACCAUUAAUUCCACGCUUGCUCCCAAAACUCACCCAAAUUCUGCUCACCUACACAGAAGAUCCUACUCUCCUUGCAAGCCUUUCAACGAAGCUUCUACGCCCUAUCAAAUUCACACAAGCCCUCACAUUAGCAUCUGAAGAUGCCCUCAUAUCCGCUCUGCGCUCGCCUGCACCCGCGGCCGCUAUAUUGGCAAUCACUGUCAUCGAGAAAGCGACCAGAAGCCCUGGUGAUACAGCUAUACUCUCGAUCAUGAAAGGUGUGGUGGAAAGCUUCCUGAGAACAUGGUUGAGCACACCUCAUGUGGGAGUUGGAGAGAAGGCUACAAAGACUCUGGGCGAUCUGCUAGAAGUUGAUUGUGAUCGCAGAAAUUCUGCUGAUAUCGAUACCAAGAUGAGUGGUCUGCAAAUUGCAUCUGGUAUGCCCCCUGGUCAAGGUCUCUUAUGGCGCCGGAUAUUUCAAGAUCGUGGGAUCUACGAUUUGAUCUUCUCGCUCUGCAGCUUCACGACAAUGGGCUCUGGAGAAGGUCAACUAGACGAAAGACAAAAGUCGCUGGCCCAGGCAAGAUUAUUACGCGUCCUUCCAAGAUUGGCCGUCCUAGAUUUCCAGACCAUCACUCGCUCUCACUUCCCGGAUAUCGAGGCAAGAUACGGCAUACGAGAGCAGGGUCUUUUGUAUUUUGCUUGCGCGGAAAUGGUUGAUAAAGAAGAAGAUCUGUUGAUGCACAUCACCUUGAUCGAUUUCUUCGUCGAAUUUCUCGAUAUGAUGAGCAAUACAGCCAUCACAAAGACAACUAUGGACUAUCUAGCUGUCCUCAUGAAGAAGGUUGCAGGGUCGGAUUCGACGUUGUAUAAAAGCCUGGAGUCCUUAGCACUGUCGCCAGACACAUCUCCCGAAUUGGUUGAUCUCUUAGUCAAGCUGAACGAAUAUGAGCGAUGA